AUGGGUUCAAGUGAUAAAGCUUCAAAUAAAGGACAUCGAGCAACACCACAUGAUGGAUCAGCUAUUGAAUUAGUUGGAUUAUGUCGAUCAACACUUGCAUGGGUUAUUCAAAUGAAUAAGAAUGGUUAUUAUCCUUAUGAUUCUAUUGAAACAUCAAUAGGAUCUGGGGGAAAAAUGAAAUUACUUUUAAGUGAAUGGUUAAAUAAAAUCGAUGAAAAUUUUGAAAAAGAAUUUUGGAUUGAUCAAUCAAAUUCUUCUCAAUAUGUUAAUCAAAAACAAAUUUAUAAAGACACAAUUAAUUCAUCUUUACAAUGGGCUGAUUUUCAAUUAAGACCUAAUUUUCUAAUUGCUGCUGUUGUUGCUCCUGAAAUGUUUGAUAAAAUUCAUAUAUGGUCAGCAUUAGAACAAGUUGAAUCAAUUCUUUUGGGAAAAUAUGAUAUUAAAACUCUUGAUCCAAGUGAUUUUAAUUAUGUUAGUGAUUAUAUUAAUGAUGAUGAUUCACAUGAUUAUAAACGAGCACAUGGUUUUAAUUAUCAUAAUGGUCCAGAAUGGUUAUGGUUAAUGGGUUAUUAUAUACGAGCCAAACUUUAUUGGUCAAAACAACGAGAUGAUCCAUUAAUUGUUAAACAAACAAUAAAACAUGUUAGAAAAUGUUUAACAUCACAUAUUCAAUUAUUAAAUUCAACUGAUUGGAGAGGUUUACCUGAAGUAACAAAUGCUAAUGGGCAUACUUGUCCUUAUUCAUGUUAUGUUCAAGCUUGGUCUUCAGCUACAUUUAUUGAAGCUUUUUAUGAUCUUCAAAGAUCUUAA